AUGCCAGGCGAAUCCAAUGACGUGCUGGGCCAGGCGUCCAAGCUGACAGGUCCCAUCCAGCUCCCUUCUCAUCAACUGCCGGAGCGCUUCUACCUCGGCGGACCACGCAUCGCCUCUUUCCGCGGCGAAGCAUCCAAGAGCCAGCGCGAACCCGAGGACUGGGUGGCUUCGACGACAUGCUGUGCUGGCCACGACACACUCGGCCUCACUCGUCUCUCUGAGACCGACACGCUUCUCGUGGAUGAGAUCAAGAACGAUCCGGCGUCAUGGCUGGGACCUGCGCACGUCGGCAAGUACGGCAACGACACCAAGCUGCUCAUCAAGCUGCUGGACGCAGGGCAGCGAUUGCCGAUCCACGCUCACCCUCACGUUGACUGGGCGAAACUGCACGUCAACCGAAACCACGGCAAAGCAGAGGCGUGGCACAUCCUCACCCCUGGUGAGGUCUACCUGGGUCUCAAGGAGGGCGUUUCGGAGGCAGAGAUGUUGAAGAUGGUCGACGCUCAGGAGAUCGAGACCAUGCUUGCCAUGAUGCACCGAGUCGAGGUUCAGGAGGGUGACACGGUCUACGUCCCACCUGGACUGCUGCACGCGAUCGGCGAAGGGAUCCUGCUCGUCGAGGUGCAGGAGCCGGAAGACAUGUCGAUCCUGCUCGAGUGGCGCGACUUCAAGCUGGACGGCAAGAAGGAUGGUCACCUCGGGCUGGGUUUUGAAAAGGCCAUGACUGCCGUCGACGUUUCCACCCUGACCGAGGAGCAGCUCUCGUUGCUGGUAGUGCGCGCGCAAGGCAGGAAGUCGAGCAACCUGCUGGCUCAGUCGGCGCUGGAGUACUUCAGGAUGGACCGAUUCGAGCAGGAUGCCGAGGUGGACGCGAGCUUCCAGGUGAUUGUCGUUCUCAAGGGUAGCGUCGAGAUCAAGGUUGGUGGUGGUUCGAGCAAGGCCACCGAGCUCAAGUCGGGCAGCACCACCUUGGUACGCCAUGCUGAUGGUGCAGUCCACUUCAAGACUCAGGGCGACGCUGCUUUUGUCGUCAUCCGUCCUCCUCUGUAG